AUCAUUUUAUUUCCACUAUGCCUUCACCUCCAAAGCCUUGGGAAGUGAACAAUGCUAAUACUACUGCUGUUGUUACUUCUCCUUCAGCAGCAGCCACAAUCUCAACAAGUGCUCCUGAUAUUCCAGCUCGUACUACUACUAAUACAACAACAAUAGACUUAGCACCUGCAAGACCAACUUCUUAUACCAAUACAGGCUAUGGUUCCAUGGGAAACUAUAGUUCCAUGGGUUACAAUUCAACCUAUGGUAAUGCUGGGUAUGGUUUAGGUUCAUCGUACAAUCGAUAUGGCUCUGGCUAUGGUUCUUAUGGUGGCUAUGGUGGUGGCUAUGGUUCUUAUGGCGGUGGUUAUGGUUCUUAUGGCGGUGGUUAUGGUGGCAUGAAUCGAUUUGGUCGCAUGGGUGGCCCUGAUGAAAUGGGUCUCACGCAACGCAUGGAAAUGGGUACUCGUCCUGCUUUCGAAGUCGUUGAGAACAUUGUAGGCUCCUUUGGCGGGUUUGCUCAAAUGUUAGAAUCGACCUUCAUGGCUACACAUUCCAGUUUUAUGGCCAUGGUAGGUGUUGCUGAGCAACUGGGCUUUCUGAAGAACUAUCUAGGUCAAGUCUUUAGUGUCUUUGCCCUCUAUCGUUUUGUCAAACGAGCCGUUCAGAAAAUCACAGGCCGUAUUCCCUCGGCUAAACCCAUGGAAAUGAACCUAAUGGAAUUUGAGAACUUUGAUAAAGCACCUCAUGGGCCCAAAAUGUCUCGUAAACCCUUGAUCAUCUUCAUGUUGAUGGUCGUUGGUCUUCCUUACAUGAUGCAUAAAUUGAUUCAACUAAUCUCUGCUAAUCAACAGAAACAGAUGGCAUUGCCCGUGAAUCAACAAGCACCCAUUGAUCCUUCCAAAUUAGAAUUUGCUCGUGCCAUGUAUGAUUUCAAUGCAGAAUCAUCGAUGGAACUCUCAUUGAAGAAAGGUGACAUUGUAGCCGUCAUUUCUAAAUCAGAUCCCAACACAAAUACGGUCAGCCAAUGGUGGCGUGGAAGACUGAGAGAUGGUACCAUGGGCAUGUUCCCUGCAAAUCAUGUCGAAAUCAUUCAAAAAGGAGGUCCUCAACAUGCAGCACAAGAAGCGAAAGAGGUGUUGAAAGAAGAAGCACUGAUAACAGCGCCAAAUAGUCCUCAAGAGAAACUCGUCUAAUUAUUUAUUUUUGUAUAUCCCCCCUCUUUUUUUGUAAUAUAAAAAAAAAACUAUUUUGCAUGAUAA